AUGUCAGAUAUCGACGACGAGUUGCUCGCCCUUGCUGGCGGUGACGUCUCCGACGACAGCGGAGAUGAGGCUAUGGACAUGAGCAGGGACGAUUCCCGCUCACCGUCACCAGAUCCUUCGAGGAAGAAGGACACGUCCGCCAGGGGACCGGCGAAGAAGUCAGUGGGCAGGAAACGUGGUAGGAGUGAUGACGAGUCGGAGGAUGAAAACCAGGCCUUGGCGCCGGGGUCCCCGGACUCCCAAGCUUCUGCCCCCAUGGACGAAUCAGACUCAGACUCGGAUGCCUCGCCGGCGAGGCGUAGUGUUGACGAUGAGGUGAACCAAUACCCUGUCGACGGUCUCUUCCGCGACUACGAAGAGAAGGAGCAGAUCAUGAGCAUGCGAGAAAUCGAAAGGGAACAGAUCCUGGCCGAACGUCGAGAGGAGAACGAGCGUAUCCGCCAGAACCGCAUGCUUCGUCAGCUAAAGGUCAACCAAGAGAAGAAACGCAAGGCAAGCUUAGCCGAGCUCGAUGAUUCGUCACGCAAGACAUCACGGGCUCGCACCAAGGCCGACGACAAGAUGGAUUCCCUCCGGCGGGCCCGGGAGGAACGCUCCAACCGCAAGGAGCAGCGGGAGCGGGAGAAUGAUCGUCGUAAGCGUUCGCCUUCGUACCGACGCAGCCCAGGCCGUGAUGAUAGCGAUGUUGAAUGGGAUGGCCCGAGCAAAAAGAAGCACAGGUCUCGUUCGCCAGAGAGCAGGGAGAGUCCACCUGCCGAGCUUCGAGACUUUGAGCGUGUUCGUGUUGGCCGUAGUCGCUUCGCUGAGGUUGCUUUCUAUCCCGGCUUUGAUGAGGCUCUCACAGGAUGCUUUGUUCGUCUGAACAUUGGUCCCGACCCCGAUACUCGCCAGGAUGUCUACCGUAUGGCUCUCAUUAAGGGUUUCACCACCGGUAAGGCUUACGCCUUGGAAGAUCAUCAGGGUCACCAAAUGGUUGUCGACAUGUAUGUCAAGGCUGCCCACGGCAAAGCCGUUCGCGAGUGGCCUUUGAUCACAUGUUCCGACCGAAAGUUCACAGACGCCGAGUUUAACCGUUACAAACAAGUCUGUCUCAACGAGGGCGUCCCCUUCCCGGACAAACAGACCCUUAUCGACAAGAUCGACGACAUCAACCGCCUCGUUCAACGGACUUGGACCGAGCAGGAGCUUUCAGACAAGCUCAAGCGUCAAAAUGCCCUGCAAGCCAAAUUCUCUGGUGCCCAGCGUGACUACAUCAAGAAGCAACUCGACAUUGCUCGCCAAGCCAACGACGAGGCUGCUAUCGCCCGCUACCAGGAGCGUCUUGAAAAGCUCGAGGUACCUCGCCUUGCCUUCCGCACCUCGCUUACCAAGAAGGACGGCAAGAAGGACCUGACCCAGCAGGAGAAGCUGGCGCUCAAGAACAUGGAGAACCGCAGGAAGAACGCCGAAGAGGUGCGCAAGGCCCAGCUCCGUGAGCGGGCCAGGGCCCGUCAAAUUGAGAAGAAGAUUGAGCGUGGCGAGGCCGUGCAGGAGGAUAUGAGCCGCAGGCUCAUCACACGACCCAAGUUUGUGCACGACUCGUCUGAGAAGCCCACGCCUAGUCCGUCCAAGGCUGGCACACCCGCACCGGGUACGCCAUCCAAGGCCGAGACCAGGAACGCAAACGGGGUGUUGCCACAUAUUGCAAAGUUGCAGGAGCAGCAUAGGCAGCAACAAAAGAAGAACGGCUUGCCGGUGAUUUCGGCGCCGCUGAUGGAUGAUGAGAUUAUUGGCGCCAUGGAUCUUGGUAUCGAUAUUGAGCUUUGA